AGCCGAUUAAGCGGCGGGAGCCGGAGCGGCCGCAGCCGCGAUCGCAUCAUCCCCCGCGGGACGGCACCGGCACCGGCACCGGCACCGGCACCGGCACCGGCACCGGCACCGGCUCUGCCGCCUCCAGCGCGCCCGGCUCGGCCCGGCCCGGCCCGCUCCGGGAACAAUGGCCGAGACAUUCCUUGUGGAGAGCCCCGAUGUCACGUACAGCAAAGACUUCAUCGAGGCCAAGUACACGUACAGCACCGUGCACGUCUGCAGGGACAACGGUGUCACCAAGGUGCGUCCGUGCUCGACCCGCUUCACCUUCCGGACAGGGCGGCAGGUCCCCCGCCUGGGGGUGAUGCUGGUGGGCUGGGGGGGCAACAACGGGACAACGGUGACAGCAGCUGUGCUGGCCAACAAGCUGGGGCUGUCCUGGAUGACCAAGACAGGGCGCAAGAAAGCCAACUACUAUGGCUCCCUGCUCCAAGCCUCCACCGUCUGCCUGGGCACCAGCCCCACUGGUGAUGUCUACGUGCCUUUCCGGGACCUGCUGCCCAUGGUGCACCCCAAUGACAUCAUCUUUGAUGGCUGGGACAUCUCCUCACUGAACCUGGCGGAGGCCAUGAGGCGGGCAGAGGUGCUGGACUGGCCACUGCAGGAGCAGCUCUGGCCCCACAUGGAGAAGAUGAGGCCUCGACCCUCCAUCUACAUCCCCGAGUUCAUCGCUGCCAACCAGGAGGAGCGGGCGGACAACGUCCUCCACGGGUCCAUGGCUGAGCAGGUGGAGCAGAUCCGCAGGGACAUCCGGGACUUCAAGGAGACCAGUGGGGUUGACAAAGUCAUUGUCCUCUGGACGGCCAACACGGAGCGUUUCUGUGACGUGGUGCCGGGGCUCAACGACACGGCGGCCAACCUGCUGGGGGCCAUCGAGAGAGGCCUGGAGGUGUCCCCCUCCACGCUCUUUGCCGUGGCCAGCAUCCUGGAGGGCUGUGCCUACAUCAACGGGUCCCCCCAGAACACCUUCGUGCCGGGGGCGGUGGAGUUGGCCGCUCAGCGCCGCGUCUUCAUCUGCGGGGACGACUUCAAGUCGGGUCAGACCAAGCUCAAAUCGGUGCUGGUGGACUUCUUGGUGGGCGCUGGACUCAAGACCACGUCCAUCGUGAGCUACAACCACCUGGGGAACAACGACGGGAAGAACCUCUCGGCCCCGCAGCAGUUUCGCUCCAAGGAGAUCUCCAAGAGCAACGUGGUGGAUGACACGGUGCAGGCCAACCCUGUCCUCUACGGCCCCCAGGACAAGCCCGACCACUGCGUGGUGAUCAAGUACGUGCCCUACGUGGGGGACAGCAAGCGGGCGCUGGACGAAUACACCUCGGAGAUCAUGAUGGGUGGCACCAACACCAUCGUCAUCCACAACACGUGUGAGGACUCGCUGCUGGCCAGCCCCAUCAUCCUGGACCUGGCCAUCCUCACCGAGCUGUGCCAACGCGUCACCUUCUGCACCGAGAGCGACCCCGAGUUCCAGGGCUUCCACAGUGUCCUCUCCAUCGUCGCCUUCCUCUGCAAGGCCCCCCUGGUUCCUGAGGGCACCCCCGUGGUCAACGCGCUCUUCCGCCAGCGCAGCUGCAUCGAGAACAUCCUGAGGGCCUGCCUGGGGCUGCCCCCCCAGCACCACAUGCUGCUGGAGCACAAGAUGCAGCGACCGCCCCCCAGCCCCAAGCGCUCCUGUCCCGGGGGGGCCACUUGCCCCCUGGCCCCCAAGAAGACCCCAGGGGGUACCCAGCUCAACGGGCACCCCUGCCCUGGCACCCCCCGCCCGGGACCCCCCCGCACCCCCCUCCAUGUCGAUGGGGCCGACUAAUGGGGGGGGGGGGGGGGGGAAGGGCACCUUUUGUAUUUCAUAUCGAGCUUUUUAAAA